AUGUUCCUGAAGGCCGUGGUCCUGAGCCUGGCCCUGGUGGCUGUCACCGGUGCCCAGGCGGAGGUCAGUGCCGACCAGGUGGCCACUGUGAUUUGGGACUACUUCAGCCAGCUGAGCAACAAUGCCAAGAAGGCUGUGGAACAUCUCCAGAAGUCUGAGCUCACCCAGCAGCUCAACACCCUCUUCGAAGACAAACUCGGGGAAGUGAACACCUACACAGAUGACCUGCAAAAGAAGCUGGUGCCCUUUGCCACGGAGCUGCACGAACGCCUGACCAAGGACUCCGAGAAGCUGAAGGAGGAGAUUCGGAAGGAGCUGGAGGAGCUGCGGGCCCGGCUGCUGCCCCACACCAGCGAAGUGAGCCAGAAGAUCGAGGACAACAUGCGCCAGCUGCAACAGCGCCUGGGGCCCUACGUGGAGGGGCUGCGCACGCAGGUCAACGCCCAGGCCCAGCAGCUGCAGCGCCAGCUGACGCCCUACACCCAGCGCAUGGAGGCGGUGCUGAGGCAGAACAUGGACAGCCUGCAGGCCUCGCUGGCGCCCUACGCCGACGAGCUCAGGGCCGAGAUCGACCAGAACGUGGAGGGGCUCAAGGCGCGCCUCACGUCCUACGCCGACAAGCUCAAGGACGAGAUCGACCAGAACGUGGAGGGGCUGCGCAGCAGCCUGGCCCCCUACGCGCAGGACGUCCAGGGGAAGCUCAGCCACCAGCUCGAGGGCCUGGCCUUCCAGAUGAAGAAGCAUGCCGACGAGCUGAAGGCCAAGAUCUCGGCCAGCGCGGAGGAGCUGCGGCAGAAGCUGACGCCCGUGACCGAGAGCAUGCGCGGCCAUCUGAAGGGCAACGCCCAGGAGCUGCAGAAGUCGCUGGCCGAGCUGAGCAGCCGCCUGGACCAGCAGGUGGAGAAAUUCCGCCACACCGUGGGGCCCUACGGCGAGACCUUCAACAAAGCUAUGGUGCAGCAGGUGGAGGAGCUCAGGCAGAAGCUGGGCCCCCUGGCGGGGGAUGCGGAAGACCACCUGAGCUUCCUGGAGAAGGACGUGCGGGACAAAGUCAACACCUUCUUCAACACCCUCCAGGAGGAAGAGAGCCAGGCGCACGCCCUCACCGCCCAGGAGCAGACGCCGGCCCCUUUGGAGGGCUGAGCUGCCCCCGGUGCUCCUGCCCCACCACUGACACCUGCCCCGCCCUGCCCCCUGUCUGUCUGUCUGUCCCAAAGCGGUUCUUGUCCCAACCCGUGGAUACCUGUCCAGUGGAAAGUGACACUACCGCUCGCUACUCAAUAAAGCUGCUGAGAAGCUA